CCACAUUGUGAGGAGAUUUUCCCAAUUCUAUCAAAGCUAAAAAUACACUUGAAAAUACACACAGGAGUGAAGCCUUACUCCUGCUCUGACUGUGGAGAAUGCUUCACAACGUCAAAUGAGCUAAAAGUUCAUCAGAGAACACACACGGGAGAAAAGCCUUACUCCUGCACUGACUGUGGAGAAUGCUUCACAACGUCAAAUGAGCUAAAAGUUCAUCAGAGAACACACACGGGAGAAAAGCCUUACUCCUGCUCUGAUUGUGGGGUGAAUUUCUCUCGACUGGGCCACUUAAAAAGACAUGAACAUAUACAUACAGGAGAGAAGCCUUGCUUCUGCUCUGACUGUGGGAAGAGUUUUUCUCGACUGGACCUCUUAAAAAAGCAUGAACUUAUACAUACAGGAGAGAAGCUUUACUCCUGCCCCGACUGUGGAAGGAGUUUUUCUCGACUGAGCCACUUAAAAAAACAUGAACUUAUACAUACAGUAGUGAAGCCUUACCCCUGCUCUGACUGUGUAAAAUGCUUCACAACAUCAGCUCAGCUAAAAGUUCAUCAGAGAACACACACAGGAGAGAAGCCUUACUCCUGCUCUGACUGUGGAAAGAUUUUCUCUCAACUGGGCCACUUAAAAAGACAUGAACAUAUACACACAGGAGUGAAUACUUAUGCCUGCUCUAACUGUGUGAAAUGCUUCAUUACAUCAACUGAUCUAAAAGUUCAUCAGAGAACACACACAGGAGAGAAGCCUUACUCCUGCUCUGACUGUGGAAAGAGUUUCUCUCUACUGGGCAACUUAAAAAGACAUGAACGUAUACAUACCGGAGUGAAGCCUUACUCCUGCUCUGAUUGUGGAAAGAGUUUCUCGCAAAUGGGCCAGUUGAAAAGACACCAAGCUAAACAUAAAGGAGAGAAGACUUACCACUUGUAAUGUGGCAAGAGUAACUCAAGUGAAAGUCACCAAGUAAAAUACUACUUGUGUAAAAAGCUGAAAUUAUUUGGUUGUAAAUAUAUUUAUGUAUCAAAAGUAGAAGUAUGAAUCAUUUCAAAUUCCUUAAAUUAACCUCUGGGUGUCCCUAAACCGGGACGGUUGUUGCUAACGUGCGCUAAUGUGACUAGAAUGACGUUGAAUCC